CUGGGGACGCUCUCAGUGGGGAGAGGGGAGGAGGGAGUCGUGUAGGGCCCACGGGGGUGUAUCUUCGUUUUUGUCGUGAGGAACCCUGCAUCUUUCGAAACGGAACCGACCUAGUUGAAAGGUACUUAUCCCUUUGCUCCCAGCCCAAGUGCAUCACACCCUAAACCGACGUCCUCCGAAGGUGUAGCCUCGGCGAAUCGUACAACCAUCCGCAACAAAGCCCAUGCAGAGCGCCAAGUAGAUCAUCUUAGGGACCACGUUUGGAGGACCUGGAGGACCACGCUGCAGGACUCGGUCACAGUGUCGUCGUGCUGCUGAAGUGGGGGAUAGUGAGAUCGCCGGAGCAGACUGAAAUCCCAGGGCUUCGGGCUGGUCGUCAGCCGUAACUCCUGAACAUCGAAGAUGCCACACCAAUGCACCGUGUGUGCCAAAGUGGUCCGCUCGAUGUCGGCCCUGGCACUGCACCUUCGAAGCCACACUGGCGAGAAGCCGUUCGAAUGUUCAGUGUGCGUCAAGAAAUUUAGUUGCGGUACACAUCUUAGAAGGCACCGUCUCACUCACACCGGAGAGAAGCCUUUCGAAUGUUUGGUAUGCAACAAGAAGUUUACGACGGUUGACAACCUUAAAACGCAUCUCCAUUCACACACCGGAGAAAAGCCUUUCAAAUGUUCGGUCUGCAACAAAAAAUUUAGUCAAAGUGGAAACCGAGAUAAGCAUCUCCUCACACACACCGGGGAGAAGCCUUUCGAAUGUUCGGUUUGCCAAAACAGGUUCGGUUUGGCUCGAUCCCUUGAAAUACAUCUCCGUUGUCACACCGGAGAGAGGCCUUUCGAAUGUUCGGUGUGCAACAAGAAGUUCAGUGAAAGCGGAAAGCUGAAAAGGCAUCUCCUCUUACACACCGGGGAGAAGCCUUUCGAAUGUUCGGUCUGCAAAAAGAUGUUUCGUUGGGCUGGAUCCUUUAAAAGACAUCUCCGUCGUCACACUGGAGAGAGGCCUCUCGAAUGAACGGUCUGCAAUAAGAAGUUCAGGCAAAGUGGAGACCUCAGAAGGCAGUCCCCCACACACCGUUAAUACGCCGUGAGCAAGACGUUUGGGCAAACCGGACCACUUCGAAUGUUCACGAAAGGGUCAGUUCAUGAAGUGGAAGAGUAUCUCUAGAGAUCCACGUGGUACUGUCGUCGAGGGACUUGAAGUUUAUGAUUUUAAACUGAGGCAAUUUCUGUCCUCUUUUGUCUUGGGAGUUCUUUAUGUUGUUGUUUGUUUAUGGCGACGGAUCCUUUUCAGGGUUCUUGAGUAGCACUUUCUUCACUGUUUUGCCACGGUCCAUUUGAAUGUUUCUAAUUUCACUGAUGUCAUUGCCUGAGCUUUCUUAUCUUUUAUGAUUGUAAUGCGGAACUUAGUCCAGCGGUGUGGAUAAUUGAAACCUUAUUUUUCACCAUUUACAGUUGCGUUUCUUAAUGUAUGCAUUUUUUUUUUUAAAUUAUGCGCAUGUUGGCCUGUCUUGGCUAGCCGUGUAAAUCGUUGUCCUUUUUCUUACUUUUUUAGACGCUGUACUUUUAGGAGAAAGUUGUGUCAUCAUCAGACUGAUCUCGUGUUUGUUCAAUCCCAAAAACAAAUAA